GUUUGCGCAAAAAGCGGAGCAACUGUCCAGAAUGAUAGCAAAAAGGCCGAAUUCAGCCAGGGAGCAGUUAAUAAGGCACGUGGAAUUUGCCGCUGAAUUUGGCCAAGUACCGAAUUUUGACCCAUACGGCAGGAAGAUGUCGUUCAUAUCAUACUUCAUGCUUGAUAUCAUUGUACCAUUCAUUACAGCUUCUGCGCUUGUAUUCGCUUUUCUUUGCUACCUGUGCUAUAGGCUGUUCAAGAAGCUUAUCCUAGGAAGUAGUAGCCGAACUGAUGAACAGAAUGCAAAAAAAGAGCAAUAAAG